AUGCAGAUGCUUCCUACAUCUUUUAUCAAUGACUGGAGGCAACAACUUGGUGAUACAAUACAAGUAACUGCAUAUGAUGGCAUAAUUGUCACCAUCAAAUUAGAAAGAGUGGGUAGAAAAAUAUACCUAGCCGAUGGAUGGGAACAAUUUUUCGACCAUCAUAAUUUACAGGAUGGUUAUGUUUUAGUAUUCAAAUAUAACGGUAAUUCCACACUGAACAUGACUAUAUUUGACCAUUCUGGACUAGAGUUAAAGGUUGGUAGAGAUGAAGAUUGCUUUCCUUAUAAUAGUCGGUUGAACUUCAAUAACAAGUUACCGUCUUCUGUAUUCUAA